CUUAGGUGUUCCUAGGCCGCUUUUUGAUAUAGAUCGCAUAGCUUCAGGAUCUGUCAAUCCGAUAGCGAGAAUCCCCCCACGACCCAGCAUUCCUCCGUCGAUCUCUGCCUAUACUCUUAGCGGUAGAUCAACAUGGCCACCGAGAGCAAUGCCAAUGCUGAAGGCUCUGCCGCUGCGAGGCUUCUCCAGAAGCAUGCCGAGAAUCCCCUGCACGCAACCGUCGAGGACGCUCCUGACGAGGAUGUGAAACCGUCCUCCGUUGCUGAUCCUUCGGAUGGGCCUUCGUGGGGCCAGACCAUUUCCUCCAAGGCCGCCGGAAAGCAGCCUGCUCAUGCCUCGCCCCCUCUCGAUACUCAAUCGCACGAAGCUUUCCCCGAAUUGGGUGUGCCGAAGUCGACGUCUGCUGCGAAGGCCAACAUCUCGCCGAUCUGGGGGGGUGCGAAGGCCGGUGCUAACGGCAAGGCCAAUGGAACAUCUUGGUCUGCCAAUGGCACUCCUCAAACUUCGGCGCCGGCCUCGGGCGUUUCCACCCCCACUGGGGUCCCCCCGCCCGUGUCGAUACCUGGUCGCAAUGUCGAGUCGGUCAUACUAGAGCCGCGAUUUAUCCUGCCCCGGGCCCAGCUUAAGCGCCCCAUCCCGGACAUCGUCAAAGACAUUAAUCGCAAAUCUCGCGCUAUCAUCUCGAUGGUUCCUGCCCGCAAUGGCCACCUUAAGUUCGAGGCUACGGGCCCUCAGGACAAGGCCCAGCAGGCUCUUCGAGACUUGGUUCAGCAGAUCGGAGUGAAGACGUCCAUCAAAGUGCCGAUCCCGCAGUCUGCUAGGGCCCAUAUAAUCGGCAAGCAAGGGGCCACCAUCAAAUCGAUCCAGGAGAAAUCGGGUGCCAGAAUUCAGCUACCCAAGAUCGAUGAAGUGGCUGCUGCCUUGGAUGAGGACGAUGAUUCCGUGAUCGACGUGAUUGUUGAAGGUAACGCUAUCUCGGCAGCCAUAGCUCGUGACGCCAUCAAUAAGAUUGCGGGCGAACGUUCUGCGAACAUAAGCACGAAGCUCAAGUCCGUUCCGGCCGAAUUCUAUCCGUUCAUCGCUGGCCCGAAUAACAGGCUCGCUGCUGCCCUGGAGGCCGAGCAUGGAAUUCAAGUUCGAGUGCCGCCUCACCAACCGUGGUCGGAGUCGGUUCCUCAGGUGCCAGCGGCAGGACAGAGACCAACGUUCAACCCGCCUGCCGAUGAUAACUAUAUACAGCUUGCAGGUGACCGAGCGGCAGUGCAGGCGGCGCGAGCAGCCAUAGAACACCAGGCUCGGGAGCUUCAGGACCAGCUACUCCUAGACCAGGUCGAGAUUCGUCAAGGCACCCACCAAUUUAUCAUUGGCGACCGAGGCAUUCCCACCGAGGACUUCUUCGCUGAUACAAACUGCGUCGUGGUCUUGCCUAGCACCCCUGGCGUCGAUACCGUAACCAUCAUUGGCCGUGCCGAUGACGUGAACACUGGGCUGGAGAAAGCGAUGGACCUGGCAACGCAGGUGCACACUUCUGUCUUCGACGUUGCGAGACACCACAGCCAUUCCGCUGGUGGUGCUCCGACCUAUUCGCGAGAUGUAUCGCGGUAUCUCCGCCAGCGGAAGGAAAUCGAGCGACUAGAGAAGUUGUACCAUAUCCAUAUCAAUACCCCCUUCUCGGAGGGCAUUGUUAGUCCUUGGGAAUUGUAUGCCCGUGAGGGCAAGAACGCCUUGAAAGCCCAGAAAGAAAUGAGCUCCAUCAUCAAUGGCCUUCCGCCCUCACGUCUGGCCACAGUGCCAGUCGACUCCUUCUUCCAUACCUAUCUCCGAAACGACAUAAGACCUAGAAUUCAAAGCGACUUCGGCGUCCACCUAGUUGUCCCGGAUGCGGCGGAUGCAAACCUCCCGGUACUCCUGGUUUACGAGGGCGAAGCUGCCCAAGAAGAAGGAUACCAGGUUCCGCAGGGGGUUCCCGCUGCCGCUGAGCUCGAGCAAUUUCGACGAGGCCUAGCCGAGGCCCGAAAUCAUAUCCUCGAGAUCGUUAACAGACAGGAAGAGAUCGCUACCGCGACUCAGGAGGUUCCGGUUAAGCUUCAGGAUAAACUUCGCAAGUUCAUUAAGAAGGAACAAGACGCGACGACUCGCGCUGCUGGUGACAUUCCUGUUCGAGUUAGCGUGAAGGGGACCACGGUAACGAUGCGUGGGCCGGCCUCUGCUGUGGAGUCUCUCUCGCGGAAGGCCUCUGAUUUUGUCGAGCAGGAGAAAGAGGACGAGAAGGAGCGUGGAUACACGACAAAAUUCGACUUCCCUCAAAAAUUCGCUAACCAUUUGAUUGGGAAGAGCGGCAGCCAUAUUAACGAGCUGCGGGAGAAAUUCGACGUGGACAUCCAGGUUCAGAAUGGGGAGGUUGAGCUGAAGGGCCCAAAGGCGAAGGCCGAACGGGCGAAGACGUACAUCUUAUCUCUGGGCCGUCAAUGGGCGGACGAGACGACUCACACGUUGAAGAUCGAGCCCAAGUACCACCGCGAGCUGAUUGGUGCCCAGGGUGGUCAGAUUCAUCGCUUACAAAAUCGGUACGGCGUCCACAUCAACUUCCCCAGGACUGCAAAGCCUGCCAAGGACGAUGAGUCCGUGGAUGUCUCGAGCGACGCCGGCAAGCCUCGACGACAGCAGGGCCCCGACGAAGUCACGAUCAGAGGACCGAGGAAGGGUGCGGACGAAGCUCGCGACGAAAUUUUCUCCCUCUACGAGUAUCUCAAGGACAACUCAUUUGCUGCUACCGUAGCAGUGCAACAGAAGCAGCUCCCAUCGCUGAUUGGAUCCGGCGGCUCUGGCAUGGACGAACUUCGCCAGACCACUGGGGCGAAGAUUGAUAUUCCCAAUGACCGUAACGAGACUCAAGAUACGAUGGUAGAGAUUCAGAUUAAGGGCACUAAAGCCCAAGUCGCUGCUGCCAAGAAGAUCAUCGAAGAGAAGCGAGCCAUCUUUAACGAGACGGUCACAAAGACUGUCGAAGUGGACAGGAAGUGGCACAAGAACUUGAUUGGCCCUGGCGGUUCGACUCUGCGUGAUAUUGUGAUCAAAGCUGGCGGGCCCGAAGACAGACGACUCCAAGCGAGAACUAUUCAGUUUCCCAAGCAAGAUGUGGAUGGAAACACCAUCCGGGUUGAAGGCCGUCAGGAUGUCGUUGACAAGAUCAUUGCCAGCAUCACAGCCAUUGUAUCCGAACGCGAGAGUCAAGUAAUAGAGACCAUUGAGGUCCCCACCGAGAAGCAUCGCUCGCUAAUCGGACGAGGUGGCGACGUAAAGCGCCAGCUCGAGUCUCAAUUCAACGUGUCUAUCGAUAUUCCAAAGCGAGGGAGCGGGUUGACUGGCGUAAAGCUGGUUGGCCAACUUUCUGACGUCGAGAAGGCCAAAGAACAUAUAUCUUCGCUGGUGAAAGAGCAACAUGGCGAGACGAUCCAGGUCCCACGCAAGUACCACCUUGCCAUAUCGGAGAAUGGCCAGUUCUUCCGCAGACUUAAAAAUGACCACAAGGUCUCCGUGGACCAUGACGGCCAUUCUAUUCCGCAGAAACCGAAGGCUUCGUCUACGCGGGCUAAUAACGGAGCUCUACCCCUGAUUACGGAUGACGCAGAUGCCGCUGCAGACGUGCAUUCCUGGACGAUCGUCGAGACGGCGUCCUCCGAAGAGGGCGAUAUCCCAUGGGUGCUGAGGGGCGACCCAGAAAACGUCGAAAAGGCGAAGAAGAUUAUCGCAACAGCUCUAGAACAGGUCCAGAGGAACAACACCACCGGUUAUCUUAUCCUGCCGGACCCGUCUACCUACCGCUACGUUAUUGGCCAGGGCGGUUCUAAGGUGAACUCGAUCCGCAAGCAGAGCGGAUGCAAAAUCAACGUCCCGCGCGACCAGGCUAGGGACGAAGCCAUCGAAAUCUUGGGCUCAAAAGAGGGCUGUGAGAAGGCUAAGGAUCUUAUCCUCGAGGCCGUCCGGGAGGGGCAGAGCGCCAGGCGAGACUAGGGAUCUCGACAUAUCGGCUGGGCGAUGACCUCUUCCAAUUCUCUGGCGUCUUCCACCGGCGGUAACAUGUGGUAAUAUUAUAGAAGGGAAAAGAAUUGCUCGAGAAAGCGUGGUACCUACGGAUGAAGGUGGGAAAAGCCAUAGUCGGGGCUAGCUUUCUAGUCCAUAACAUUGCCUCGUAGAAUUUUGACAAAAAGGUCCAGCAGGUGUAAAUAAAAAAAAGACAAUAGCUAAUGAAAAUCACUAUUAUAAUGCUUGGCAAGUCGAUAUACACAUGUUGGUGCAGCAUGG